CGCGAACUUCCGGGAACAGUUGUUUGGAUAAUGGCGGACCGUCAAAUUUAGCCAACGGUCGUCCUAACUUAUAAUUAAACCGGGAAACAGACACCAAAAGGCGGGUACUGGUUACCAUAAACUUUAAGGUUGAGUGUUGUACAGAGCCUCCAGCUGACCGAUGUGUCCAGAGGUCUGGAAUACAAAGUGCACUCAUGUAUCUCUAAAUAAAGCAACUGGAAGGUUGGCAUAGCGAUGUGGAGUCGCUUCCGUAGUGAGGCAGGGUCGGCAGCGGGCGUCCCUUCCCAGCCUACCCUCACUGGGCAAGACAACAGAAGAGCAGAGAUAUCAAAUGCAUGGAAUACUCUGAACCAGACCAAAGCUGCAUUAAGGCACAUUGAGAAUCGUCUGGAGGCAACACCAGGUACAGGAGUGCUACUGGAUUCGGUGCAGGAAACAAAGAAAACAUCUGGUAGUGGCAGUCGAAAAAUAAGUCGCAGAGAAGGGCGUCAUGUGGAGGAAAGUGGGUCCAAGUCCAAAACACGAAGUCGGCGGAGUCCAGACAAAAGUUCCCGUAGUCCCCUGAGGAACAGUACUCUGGACAACAGCGCCAAGAGACCCAGCGCUGUGGAGUUCAGAGAACCACUCGCUUCUUACAGGGAAGCAUCUCCACUGCCAACGCCCCAGACCCACUCUGAAUCAGAUGCCCUCUUGCUACCAACGGAGGUGGGCGUCUCUCACCCAGACCUCGCUUUAAGCCAACUGGUAUAUCAGCGUGACAUGCAGAUUGCAGAUCUGGACAGCACACACUCCUCUGCUGUAGAUGGCACAUCUGUACGCUACCUCAACGAUGUGUCCGCCCUCAACGCCAUUCACCAACCAGAUUUAGCCACAACUGGGUCGGAGGUCAGUCUUAAGACACACUUGCAUGCUGAGACGUCUCGCGCUUCCUCUGCGUCUAGCCCAGGCUCGCACCGAUUGGAGAACCUGCGACGGGGGCAACCCGAUGAGAAACUGGAUAAGUUGAAAGAUAUAAUCCGCAGACAGAGGGAACGGCUGGAAGAAAAGUCAGAUAGGCUUAUGGGAUACCUGGAGCAGCCUGUGGGAAUAGCGGGAAACGGUUACACAGCACCUACUGUAAAAGUUCGAAAAGUGGCCCAAGCUCCUCCAGCACCUAUUUAUAAAGGCUUUAACCCCAGUGAGACUACGAUCCGCACAGCUGAUGGGAAAGUAUGGGCAGAAGAGGACUUAAACCGACAAAUAUACAAAGACCUGACGCAACAUCUAACAGUGGACAGCACAAAACCAAAGCUGAGGCCUGCAGAGCAAGAAAGGGUGAAGGAGAAGAAACCAUCCAAGCCUGUACGAAAAGUGCACAGAUCUUCCUCAGCACCGGACUCAAAUGCUAAAUCGGUGAUCAGCACGUCGUCAUGGCGAGAGGGGCAGAAGCUGGAGAAGAUGAUGCUUGGGCCUGCGCCACGGGUACGCAGCGAGCCUCGGGCUAAGUCCACAGAGAGACAGACGAGAACAGGCCCUGUCCCUCGCUCCACCUCUGAUCCUCGCCUGGAGCGGAGCCGACAUCUAAGGCCCAAAAGCACAGAAAGACCCCGCAAUCAUGUAGUUUCCGAAGAGGCACCUGGGCCAUCGCAAUCAGCCGUACCCUCCAGAUCAGCAGGGAGAGGUAGAGGAAAAUCUCCCCAAACUGACUUGCUCUCAGCUGACAUCCGAAGCAUCCUAGAUGACCUCCAGUUGGAAGAGGAGAGCAGCAGGGCAGCCGUGCCCAACUCCAGGGCUCGUGCCUCAAACCGGGUUUCCCGCAGUGCCAGUCCUGCCAAGACCACCAAGAGGGUAGAGGAACCUGAGCAGCCCAAGCAGAAGAAACGGCACUAUGAUGCAGAGGCGGUGCGCAUGUAUAUCGUUCAAAAACAAGAAGAGCGCAAAAAGCGACAAGCGGAGGAGAGGAGAGCCCAGAGGGAAGAAGAAGAGAAUAGGAAUAAACGGCUGCAAGAGCUCUACAAGAGACAGCGAGUGGGGCCAACGAGGGGACCCGAAGGGCCAAUAAAGAAACGACUUCAAGAAACAUACACCAAACUUCUGCUGGAACAGACUCAACUUAAUGAAGAAAUUAAGGCUGCUGCCGCAUCAAACAUCAGCCAACAGCAGAGACCAGCGUACCAGCCAUCCGGAGAGUCUGAUAAAGAAAACAAAAGACAAGAUCGACCUCAGAGCACAACCUCCAGCAGCGAUCUGUCCCUUCCGGAGCAACGUCAGCCCCCAUUGUCCAGGAAUGAGUUGGGAUUUGCAGGAUCAUCCUGGCUCCAGUCUGACCACCGUAGUCCUGCUCUAAUAAUGGGAAGCAACCCAAUAUUGCCUCCCUCAGGUGACAUCUUCUCUCAACUUUUAGAACAUAAUGCAGAUCCUUCACGACCUGAAAGAGAGUCCAGACCCGGACCCAGUGCGUUCUCUUCAGACACGGGGCGCAAGAUGAACCGGAUCGAGGCCCUCAAGGCCACUGCUGCUUCUCUGUCCAGCCGCAUAGAGAGUGAGGCACGCAAACUAGCCGGUACCGGAAUCAACUACGGCUGUGCCAGGGACAUGGGCACAGGUCUUUCAAUCCCAACCGAUAACCGAUGGGCCAACCCUGUCAGCCCACCAGUCAGAGAGAACCAAAUAGGUUCUGAUGACCUGAUGGAGAGGAUUCAUAGACUGCUCGCUGCAGGUCAAAGCACAUACGAAGAUGCCCUACCAGGUGUGGGAAACCUGCACACUUUUAGGGAGAAGACAGAAACUGUAGACAGAAAACAUGUACCCUCCGGCCUUGCUGCUAGAAACAUGCACAGGUUCUCUUCUCCUCCAAAGCCUGAUGCCCAUGAGGUUGCUUUAGACUCCAGUGGAGGUUCUAUCAGUGAAGGUCCUCUCCUAAGCGAAGGAAGUAUGUCAGAAGAUGACGAAGACCUUCAAGAACUGCCCAAAUCCAGUCACAGACUGGGAACCACAGGAUACAGUGGAGCUCUUCAGAAUGGAGACAGUUUAGACCCAAUUUCACGCUUUCAGAGAGAGGCCGAGAAGCAUCUUCCUUUUAGUCCAUCCAGUCUGGUACGAGAGAGCAAUGGACCUUGGGAGGAACUUGCCAAAGGAAGCCCAAAUAGUGUUAUCAAUAUAUUCACCAAGAACAUGCACAGUUACGGCAAAGUGUUUGAUGAGAGGGGAGGUAAGAAUUCUCCAGCUGUCCGCUCUGUUGCCAGCUCAUUGGAUGGAGUGGCCUAUGAGGAUGACUUCAUUUCCUCUCGUGGCAGUAGCCAGUCAGCAUCCAAGAGAAGUCUUAAUGGGCUCAGUAAUGGCUACGGUCGGUUCAGUCCCCCUGAAGAGAUGCUAAGUGGGAGAUCUGCAUGUGAUAACAGAAGUGGAGAGAGAUCUCACCGUUCACCCGGCCUCACGCCCCUUUCUUCUCCACACUCUGCCAGCUCAGGAAGCAAGAAAGCUUCAGAAAGGAGCCUGCAUGAGGGCCAGAGAAACACUUUUUCUGUUAUUUCUGAUCUCACUGCUGAUGGUUUUAAGAGGAACGGUUCUCUGAAAGCAUCCAGCAGUCGCAGCUCUAACAGGAGCAGCAUGGACACAGACAGUACACUUGGGGGCGCCUCAGCCCAAUCCAUCCACAGUCUUGCCUCUGAUGGAAAGAAAUCUCCCAGAAGUCCUGGUACGACUCCUGCUGCUGGUUCUCCAGCUGGUUCUGGUUCAUCUCGGCUGUCUCCAAGUAAUGGUACCCCCGUAAGAGGUUCUGCCCAAAGGUCAAGCCCCCCUCACAGUGCCCCACUUAGUUCCUCCUCAUCCUCUUCAGGUGCCAGAGCUAAAUCCAACCCUUCACCUCAUACUCGGAGCCCCAGAGCAGAACACAGGACUCCAGCCUCAUCAGAGCUACAGUUUGCUCCCGGAGCCUUGCAGCAGCGACUGUCCGCCGAGCUCAGUUACCUGGAUGCAGUGGAAGAGUCAGUACGACAGCUCAGUGAUGUAGAGAGAGUAAGGGGCGUCUCUCUCGCUCAGCAGGAAACGGUCUCACUCGCUCAGAUUCUGAAGUCGCAGCAGCAGAGACAUGAGCGUGACCUGUACCUGCUGAGGAUGAAGGCAGAACAAGAAGCCCUGGAAACACAGCGACAGCUGGAGGAAAGCAGGCAGAGAGCUGCACGGGCCCAUGCCGAACUGCAAGAGAGUUUGCUUAAGUCUCAGCAGCAGGCGUUGGGAGGUCUGCACGAAUCCACAAACAAGAUGAUCAAUCAGCAGGCUGAGGCCGCAAGGCACACAGCUGAAACGGCACGACACAUUAAAGAGAUGACAGAACUGGCUCGUUCACAGAUUACAGGAGCAUUGAGUGUUCCUGGGCCUUCCACAACUCUCUAUGACCAACAAAGACAGCACAACCAUAGCUCAAAACAGCUCCAGCCACACCACCACACAGACAGCAGCUGGAAUAGUGAACCGUCUCCAGAGAGAGAAAAGUCAGAGGGCGAGACCCCACCAGACAGCCUCUCAGAGUCCAUCCCUUCUAGGAGACCCACCAUCAGUGGUGGGGGUAGCAGCAGCACCCAGUUGAGUCCAUCACAUUCUGAUCAGAAGGAGAAGUUACAGAAAGACCGGAGCAGCAGUUCGGUGGAGGAUCUAGCUCACACAGCUGUUGAUGAAUCACUGCACUCAGACAGCAUACACAGCGUGCUUGAGGAAAAAGCAGACAGUGCCUCAAUCGCCACAGAGUACUCUGCAAAGUUUGAAGACUUCAUGACUGAGGAUGAGAGAGAGGAAAAGUCAUUCCGCUCUCUUCUGCCCUCUGAGGCCCAUCGUCGUGAAUCCUUGGACAGGAAGCACAGUCCUCACCCUGAGUCUGAUGAUGACCACAACCAAGACAAAACCAGCCCCAGAGACAGUUCAAAGCAGGAUGGCAGCAUGCCUUUCUCCAGCGGUCAGGACAGCUUUUCCAAGUUCACCAUGGAUCUGGUGCGGCAGCACAUGAAGGAGGAGGAAGUUCGUGCUCAGCACCAGAGUUCACUGCUUCGUCUGCGUCAAAAAGCCCUAAGGGAAAAGACCAACGCUGAGCUGGCAUGGCUGGAACAUCAGAAAAGGCGUCUCAGAGAUAAAGGAGAAGACGAUAAGAUGCCACCUCUUCGUAAGAAACAGAGAGGCCUAAUAAUGAAACUACAGCAGGAACAGGCAGAGAUCAAGCGGCUACAGGAGGCCAAUAAAGCAGCAAGGAGAGAGAGACAGCUGCUCCUCAAACAGCAGGAGGAGAUUGAAAGAAUGAGACACUCGACCCUCAGGCUGAAAGAGCGACUGAAGACCGCUGGAGACCCAAACCUGGAAUCACCUGUGUCAGGUGGCGCACAAGAUUCGGCUCCGCCCAGCGUCGUAGUGACAGACGCAGAGACACGUAGUCCCUCCCCCUUGUCUGUGUCAGGCAGUGAAACCAGCAGCAUCAUGGAGAAACUAAAAAAGAUGCGCUUUCACAUGGAUGAGAAACACUGCUCCCCUGUCCAUUAUUUCUUCUCUGUCUUUACGGCUCCUCACUGGGCCUAUCUGUCUGUCUGUCUUCCAAAACUCCACCCCAAAUUCCAGCUCUUUAUCUACAGCCAAUUGGUCAGGUUUCUAACAAAGAGAGAGCAACAGUUGAUGCAAAGGCGCAAACAUGCGGAGGAACUCUUGGAGUGGCGGCAGCGUUUGGAUGCAGAGGAGGCAGAAGUGAGACGUAUGGAGAAACAGGCACUGGCGGCAUGGGAAAAACAGCAGCAGCCGCGCAUAAAAACACCGUUGCAGCAGCAGCAGCUGCGCAGCCGGGAAAGCGAGCGUAGUAAGACCAGUAGUAGACAGGAGUCUUCCAGAGGACAAGGUCCCACAGAAGCAGCCAGUGAAGACGACUCUCCUGCAUUGUCCAUAUCCAGCGUGCACACAGAUCUGUCUGUUCCCGAGCAGCUGGCCAGCCCUUCUUCAGACGGACCUGCCUCUGAGCUUCCCUCUCCACAUCCGACCACCAGCCCUGCCCCAGAUACCCUCUACUCUUCUGAGUCUCAUAAUACAAAUGGCAAACAGUCUCCUCCAGGGAAAGUCAGCAUCAGCUCUGUUCGACAUCAAGAGAGUAGUCAGGCUGGCACUGUCGCUGGCACCAGCGGAAGCAGCAGUAGGAUGCAGGUGUACUCUGGCUUUAAGACCAGCGACCCCCACACCGGUGACCCCCAUUCAGCCACUCCAUCCGAGACGGCAUCAGACCAGAGUGAUGUUGAGAGCCGCAUUCGCGCCCUCAAGGACGAGCUCCGUAAGAGGAAAUCUGUGGUGUACCAGCUGAAAAAGGAGCAGAAGAAGAGAAAUAAAGAACGACUGAAGGCUCAGGAGGCUAGUCUGCUUAAACAACUGGAGUCAUACAAUGACUUCAUUGAGAAGACCAAGGCUGAGUUGAGUAAAGAGCCUGACAGCACUCCAACUACUAAACCCCAAAUUAAAACUCCCACGUCAGCCACUGAAAAGCCUCGAAUAAAACCUCCUCCGCUUCAGAGACCUGAGACUAGCAAAAACUGGAAGAUUGUCACAGAAUCUGAGAAAUUGGAAAAGGCACCCACAGAGACAUCGGUUGAGAAAGAUGACAUUGCCACAUCAGAACACGAGGACAUUACCUCAGAUGAAGAUCCUCCUACGGUUACCCCAACCCCAGUUACAGGAAGCCCAGAACAUAUGGAUGGUUUGAGGAGCUUGCAUAGUCCACAGUUUUUUAGCCACCAUUUAGAUGAUGCCCCAUCUCUGAAGGAGCUUUCAGUUAGAAUGGGAGCCGGUGACCUCGUCUCAGGAGAUGAGAGUAUGGUCGCUAGCCAGAGGUCAGAUAUAAUGGAGGAACUGGAGUAUGUAAAGUCUGAGGUCUCUGAGAACGACCAUUCUGACCAGCACUCCGAUCCUCUGCUCAAACUGGAUCUUGGGCUUCAAAUGCCAUCUCUUAAGGAUACAGAGUUUAAAUUUGAGGAGGAAAGGUUUUCUGGGAAGGAUGAGGUGGUUGAUGAAAAGCCAGCACUUCGAGGUUCUGUAGAUGCUGGAGAGAGUUCCUCUCCUGUGGAGAAACCAAAAGAUCUAGAUGACCCGUUAGCUGAGAAGAGUCCGUCAGUCGUGGAUCGCUCUUGCACCCCUGACUUCAUGUUGUCAAGACGGGAGGAAUUCUCAUCGAAGAUCAAAGAAACACCAUCACCUUCUGGUGAUGGCUACAAUGAUGACUUUGAGUCUUCAGUUGAAUCAUCUUUCAAGGAGGAUAACCGUGAAUCGAAACCUAUAUCACCUUCUGCCCCAGAGCCAAAGGAGGUGUCUUGCAAGUCACCCACGUACAGUAGCGAAGAAGAAAUUGAAGAAGAACUAAGUAUCAAAUCAGGAAGUACUAAUGGAAGCUUCCACUCAGAAAGCCACGCAGACCUCCAUAGUCUUGGUAAGGUCUCCAAACAGGAUAUCUCCAGCUCUUCAAAAGGUCCAACUUCUCCACAGCCCCAAAUGCCAACCUUGCCAACAGUGGAUGAAUUGCCAAGCUUCUGCAUUGGAGACAGGGUUCUGGUGAGUAACGUUCAGCCAGGAACUUUAAGGUUCAAGGGACUAACAAACUUUGCCAAUGGAUUCUGGGCUGGGGUUGAACUGGACAUCCCUGGGGGAAGUAACAAUGGAACUUACGAUGGGGUGGUGUACUUUGAAUGUAGGGAAAACCAUGGUAUAUUCGCCCCACCGGACAAGAUCUCUCUACUUCCAGAGAAGUUUGAGGCAAGUGCAGAUACAGAAGACGAGAAUUCUUUAUUCGAUGACCAAUCAAAUAAGAAACCCAAACCCUCAGAGAAACAGUUGGAGCAUCCUGGGGAUGAACACAGCAAACCUUUUGAACACAACAUCAGACAGCUUUCCUCUGAACAAAGCACCUUUGGUAAAUCUCAGCAUAACUUGGAUUUUAAUGAUAUUGACUGCGAUAUCAUUAACGACCGUGACACAGGUCCACACACAGUGCCUAAUGCUAGAAGCACGGACAUCGUUCUCGAAUUUGAGGAUGCAUUGGAUGAUGUUGUUCCUUUGAUGAAUCAUUUGGAUGCAGGUUCAUCUAAAAACCAGAAGCAGGAAGAGCAACAAACAGCAGUCAUUUUCGAUCUGUUGGAUGAGGCUGAGAAAUCCAGAGACAUCACUAUCGAGGAAGCAAGUGUAGAUACUAGAGAUGAUUUAAACAAAAGGGCUUUAACUACCCUUGCUGAUAAACUGGUGGAAAACUUUUUAAGCGAUGCCGUGAAGCAAUUCCAAAAGAUCAAAAAAGACAAAGAGGAGAAGUUGUCAGCUGCUAAUCAGCAGAAAAGUGACUUCAUCAAUGUAGAUGAUGGACUUAGAAGCAAUAACUUCAAGUAUCAGGAUAGGUAUGCAUCCAAUACGAGGACGGACAGCUUUCGCACUUUCUUUGAUGAAGACCAGGAGGAACUUUCAUCUCCAGAGCAUUGCAACCGACCUGAAAGCCCAUUCCUGGGUACAGGUGGACAGGAAGAACUCGCUAAACGCCUGGCAGAGCUGGAGCUGAGCCGUGAGCUCUUCGAUAACUUCGGUGAAGAUCAGGACUGGUUCGAUGAAGACUUCGGUCUCAGUUCACGAAAACAACAGCAGAAAGAAAAACGCCAACAGCAGGAAGAUGGGAUUUCUACUUCCUCGGGAUUGGGCACAGGGGAGCAAGCCAAAACACCACCCAGGCCUGAGCUUCCCUUGCAGAUGAAACAACCAGAGGAGCCUAUUAUGAUUGUUCCUCACACCGUGCAGGAGGUGGAGAAACUGGUCAGCACUGCUACCUUGGAGAUCUGGACAAGCUGCAAGUUGGGCAACGGUAGACCAAGUCUGGCUGGUGUACCUAAACCUCAACCAUCCAGUAAUUUCCUAGGAGAGGAUGGCAAAGCCAAUGACCAGGAAGCUCAGUGCAAACAAAGCUACAAAAUGGCCGUAUUUGAUUUAUCAUGGGAGGUCAUUCAAGACAUCUAUGCAGAAGAUCCAAAUGUUGAUCAGCCACAAUGGAAGAAGCCACGUCGCCUUAAUUCCAACUACUCCCAUCGGGUAAAAUGCCCCAAUGACAUCACGAAAGUCCAGGAGUUUGUUACCACUGAAGUAUUAAAGUUGUGUGGUCUAAAAAAAGAGAAGAAUCAAAAGACAGACUGGCAGAAGAUGAUCAAAUUUGGUCGGAAAAAGCGAGACCGUGUUGACCACAUAUUAGUCCAGGAGUUGCACGAGGAGGAAUCUCAGUGGGUAAACUACGACGAGGAUGAACUUUUUGUAAAGAUGCAGCUAGCUGAUGGGAUUUUUGAUGCUUUGCUCAAAGACACGGCUGACAUUCUGACGCAAAUCCAAGAGAAGAGAUCCAAAAGAACUCUUUGAUGAUGCAGAGGUAUCAUUUGUCAUAGGCCAGGCGUUGGCAUUAGGACAUUUAAUGGGGAAUGGACCAGACCUAUCGUGGGCGUCUCGAAAUCUCUCAGAAGAUGGUGGGGAUAUUCACAUUUUUAUCACGGAUGUCUGAUGAAUCCAGCUUUUAUUAGCGGUCCUGUGUUAACUGUAGAAGCUGCUCGGGUCCAAAUUCCUCAUACUGUGUCUGUUCAUCGUUGCUGCUAAAACUUUUCAAGUCUUCUUCUCUCAAGGGUCAGGACAGACCUAAAGGCUUACAGACUUUUUAUGAACUUGUUGUUGAAUUAAUUUAGCUUGUAUCAUAACAGAAAUACUUACCUUAUUAAUUUAUUGGAGAGUAACAUUUGAAUUUAAAAGUAAUGUUGGAAAGUGUGUAAAGAAAAGAGAUUAUUUUACCAUUUACUUAAAAGCACAAUAAGUACAAUUUUAAUGUCUAAAUGUCAAUACAAUGUAAAGAAAUUUGAUGCAAGUAAUGAUGAAUGCAAAAACACUGUCUUUGUAAUAUUGUUGUUGUUGCUGUAUUCAAGCAAACAAUGUUGUAUUUACAACAGAUGCUACAGUUGAAACUUCAAUUCCUAACUGCUGGAUUCUAGCCUCACCAUUUGCCUUCCCAUUCAUUUUAAGUGCCUCCAUGGUUAUUUGUUUGCUCGUACAUGGGCGACAUUUCCCAGCCUUUCUUUUGGCGUCCAUUUCUUGUCUUAACUCAUUUAACCAACGGAUAAACCUCUAAUGAUGUAAUAUGUACAUUUCUGCCUUACUUUGUGUGUAUCCACCAUAACAUCCUUUUUUAAAGUAAAAUAUUGUUUUUAAGAAACAAACAUGAAUGGUAAUUUUACAUUAUGUCUGGCACGUGGACAGAUUUGUUUACCUGUAGAAGAGGAAGUAUUUUACUCAUCGUGUACCUUUUUGGGGAAACUGGGGCUCACGUAUCUCCCCUGGUAUACUGUGAUGUACAUACUAGGUUGUAAAUCAAUCUCCAUAAAGUUUCCGGUCUGAAUUUUUGAUGAUCAUAGUGUUUUUAAUGAACUGUACUUCCUGAGCCAGUCUGUCUAUCUGAUGGUGACAGGGUAGAUCUAGAUAGUUUUGUGAUGUUUCAUUGGGUUGGUAUUUUAUGCAACAACUGUUAUUAAAACCCAGCAUUAAAACUUUUCUCAUUCAAUAGCAUGUCUGUGUCACCCGGUGGGCAGAGCUAUUCGUAGCGGUUACCGAGAUCUCUACCUCGUCUCUACUAAUAAUCAGUCUCUUUGGCUAAAACGUUACAACUUUACCAGUGUCCAUGGGUAACUCUCUGCUUUGUGGGCGGUUAGGUUUUGUGUGGCACAAAUGGUUUGAUAAUCAGUUUCUACUAGUCACAAAAAUGUUUAUUUAUAAUGAUGUACUGUGAGAGACAGAGGUGCACUUUGUAAAUUGUUUAACCCUUGUAAAUAGUCAUGGCUGACCUCCUGCGAGUAGACUCAUGGAAGAUCGCAGCGAAAUUGGGCGUUUUCUUUUGCUUCUCUGUAUAUAUUAUAGAUUUAUUUGUUAACAAACUGAUCCUUUUGGAAAUUGUAAAUAAAGAUCUUAUUUCUCAGUCA